GCGGGGCGCUGGGACCCCAGCCCCGCGCGGAGAGGGUGCGCUGAGCCCGGGCCUCGCCCCCUGCCCGCCCCAGCGCGGCCGAGGCUGUGUACGUUUCCACAAAGCCAAACUGCUCACAACUCCGGCGAGGCCGAAAUCCCCCGCCAAGUGACACGGCCCUGAGACGGAGGUCUCCCGGCUGGCUCUCCGCUUCCUCCGCCUCCCUGGGCGACGGCCCGCGGCUUCGCUCUGGCGACAGGAAUUUGGAGCGAAAGAAAAAGCUGCGCCAAACUCUGUCGUGACCUCAAACUCUUUGGACUGCUUCUGGUUUUAUUUUUUCUUUUUCUUUCUUUCUUUUUUUUUUGUUUUUUUUUUUGUUUUUUUUUUUGAAUAUUGGAAGAACAUCAUCCUUCAAGAAGAUCGGCAUAGGAGGAGAUGGAAGUUUUCCCAUGGCUCUUGGUUUUGUCCGUCUGGUGGUCUCGAACCUGGGACUCGGCGAAUGCGGAUUCGAUCAUUCACAUCGGAGCAAUUUUUGAUGAAUCUGCCAAAAAGGAUGAUGAGGUGUUUCGCACAGCAGUUGGAGACCUAAACCAGAAUGAGGAAAUCUUACAGACUGAGAAAAUCACAUUUUCGGUGACAUUUGUUGAUGGCAACAACCCUUUUCAAGCAGUUCAAGAAGCCUGUGAACUUAUGAACCAAGGUAUCCUAGCGCUGGUCAGCUCCAUUGGCUGCACAUCAGCCGGGUCCCUGCAGUCUUUGGCAGAUGCUAUGCAUAUCCCACACCUCUUCAUUCAGCGCUCAACAGCUGGGACCCCACGAAGUGGCUGUGGACUCGCUCGGAGCAACAGGAAUGAUGAUUAUACACUCUCCGUUCGGCCCCCUGUCUACUUGAACGAUGUGAUUCUAAGAGUAGUCACAGAGUAUGCAUGGCAGAAAUUCAUUAUAUUCUAUGACAGUGAAUAUGAUAUCCGUGGCAUACAGGAAUUUUUGGACAAAGUAUCUCACCAGGGAAUGGAUGUUGCACUUCAAAAGGUAGAAAACAACAUCAAUAAAAUGAUCACUACUCUCUUUGAUACCAUGCGAAUAGAAGAGUUGAAUCGCUAUCGAGACACUCUUAGGCGAGCCAUCCUUGUUAUGAAUCCUGCCACAGCCAAGUCCUUUAUUAGUGAGGUUGUGGAGACCAAUUUGGUUGCUUUUGACUGUCACUGGAUCAUUAUAAAUGAGGAAAUAAAUGAUGUGGAUGUACAGGAACUUGUGAGAAGGUCAAUUGGAAGGUUAACAAUUAUUCGGCAGACAUUUCCAGUCCCCCAGAACAUAAGUCAGCGAUGUUUCCGUGGCAACCAUCGAAUAUCUUCAACACUGUGUGAUCCAAAGGAUCCGUUUGCUCAGAACAUGGAGAUUUCAAACCUUUACAUAUACGACACGGUGCUUCUCCUUGCUAAUGCUUUUCAUAAGAAGCUGGAGGACCGAAAGUGGCACAGCAUGGCAAGUUUGUCAUGCAUCAGAAAGAAUUCCAAGCCCUGGCAGGGAGGGCGUUCCAUGUUAGAGACCAUCAAGAAGGGUGGAGUUAAUGGCUUGACUGGAGAGCUAGAAUUUGGAGAAAAUGGAGGUAAUCCUAAUGUCCAUUUUGAAAUUCUUGGAACCAACUAUGGAGAAGAGCUUGGCAGAGGUGUUCGCAAACUUGGGUGCUGGAAUCCUGUCACAGGACUCAAUGGAUCCUUGACUGACAAGAAACUUGAGAACAACAUGCGUGGAGUAGUUCUCCGUGUGGUGACCGUUCUGGAAGAGCCUUUCGUCAUGGUCUCAGAAAAUGUCUUGGGAAAGCCGAAGAAAUACCAGGGCUUCUCCAUUGAUGUUUUGGAUGCCUUAUCCAACUACUUGGGUUUCAACUAUGAAAUUUAUGUUGCACCAGAUCACAAGUAUGGAAGCCCACAAGAAGAUGGGACAUGGAAUGGCUUGGUUGGAGAACUAGUCUUUAAGAGAGCCGACAUAGGGAUUUCUGCCUUAACCAUCACUCCAGAUCGAGAGAAUGUGGUGGACUUUACAACACGUUACAUGGACUACUCAGUGGGCGUCCUCCUUCGAAGGGCCGAAAAGACAGUGGAUAUGUUUGCCUGUCUCGCACCUUUUGAUUUCUCUCUAUGGGCCUGCAUUGCUGGUACAGUUCUUCUGGUGGGUCUACUGGUCUACCUCUUGAACUGGCUCAAUCCCCCACGAUUACAAAUGGGAUCAAUGACGUCUACCACACUCUACAACUCCAUGUGGUUUGUGUAUGGAUCCUUUGUACAGCAAGGUGGGGAGGUCCCAUACACAACCCUGGCUACCCGGAUGAUGAUGGGGGCUUGGUGGCUGUUUGCUUUGAUUGUAAUCUCAUCCUACACAGCAAAUCUUGCUGCUUUCCUCACCAUCACUCGCAUUGAAAGCUCCAUCCAGUCUCUCCAGGAUCUUUCCAAGCAAACAGACAUCCCUUAUGGCACGGUCCUGGACUCUGCAGUGUAUGAGCAUGUCCGCAUGAAGGGACUGAAUCCUUUCGAGAGGGACAGCAUGUAUUCCCAAAUGUGGCGAAUGAUCAACCGAAGCAACGGGUCAGAGAACAAUGUUCUGGAGUCUCAGGCAGGCAUUCAGAAGGUAAAAUUUGGAAACUAUGCUUUCGUAUGGGAUGCAGCUGUGUUGGAGUACGUGGCAAUCAAUGACCCCGACUGCUCCUUUUACACCAUUGGGAACACUGUUGCUGACCGGGGGUAUGGCAUUGCCUUGCAGCAUGGCAGCCCUUACCGAGAUGUUUUCUCACAAAGGAUCCUGGAGCUUCAACAGAGUGGUGACAUGGACAUCCUGAAGCACAAAUGGUGGCCCAAGAAUGGCCAGUGUGACCUGUACUCCUCUGUGGACACAAAGCAGAAAGGAGGUGCCCUGGACAUAAAGAGCUUCGCAGGAGUUUUCUGUAUCCUGGCCGCAGGCAUCGUCCUCUCCUGCCUCAUAGCCAUGCUGGAGACAUGGUGGAACAAGAGGAAGGGCUCCCGCGUCCCAUCCAAAGAGGCCUCUUCCCUGAAGAAUGAAACUACAAUUUCUGAAAGAAGGAACACUUGGCCUUUAAAGCCAUGUUUGAAACUUGGUGGCAAUACCUGGAGAAGCCAGACAUCCAGCCAUGGUCUGCACCAAUCAGCACAGCUGGGAGGACCUCUGGAUGAUCCCUAACCUCCAACAGCACCAACACUUCUGAUCUCUUUCCCACUUCUUGAUUCCAGGACCCAUUAGAUCCUGAGUACCCAAAACUGGUGAGCAGAUCUACUAGCUACUGUCCUACAUUAAAGACUCUCCUUCAGUUCCAAGAAGCUGAACUCACCAGGUUGUGACCUCAGAAAUCCUCCUCGCUGUGAUUCACUGACAGCAGAGCAACAAGGACUGCUGCUUUCAGCCACAGGCCAUGGGUCUUGCCUGCGCUAGCCCAGUAGCCUGGGUGAGAUGCUUCGGGGUGGUGGACUUCUUACUCAUGUGCACCGGUCAGAGCACUGACCCUGAGAUCCAAGCCUGCGCUGCAGUGUUUCAUCCUCAGCUUCUACCUGUCCGGAAUUCAUGAUCCCCACUCUGGAUCUUGGGAUGUCUGAUAGCCAAGGAUCCAGGGAGACGUAGAAGACCAAGGAGAACAUGCCUUGGCAGAACUUAAUGCAAAAAGACAGUGACCUCUUCCAACCCUUGUGGAAUCAAUUGUGGUUGUGUUUAAUCAUUUUUGGUGGGUUUUGUCACAAAUUCUUUCCAUAUUUACUACACUGUUAUCUUCAUAUUUACGGAAAUGGGCUACUUUCCUUGAUGCCAUUGGACAUUCCCUUUACCUUCAGUGAUCCUCAAAUACAUACAUUUUGCAUGGAUUCUUAGAGCCUCCAGUUUGAAUCCAUACCUAGUAGAUUUGUCACUGUAAACAAAGAUCACUUGGAUGAUGUUAAUACACCCUAGAAUUGCAAUGUCUUUGUGUACUACCCACCACCAAGAUAAAUGAAUUGUCCCUAUUCCUAUUUCCACAUUCAUAUAUAAUACAAAUGCCAUGAAAAUAGUCACUUACAAAUAAAAUAGGGAAGCAUCACAUGAAAAACCUUAACCCCUUAUGAACUCAACCAGUGUUUAUUGAGGACCUACUAUGUGCCAAGCAUUGUAUUAAAUUCUGGGACUACAAAGAAUUCUGGACUAAGAAGUUUACAUUUCAGUGGGGGAAGUGAGAUAAUUCAACAGCCUAAUGAGUGCUAGAGCACUGUAAUGAUAGCCAUGAGAAUCCCUCCUCUGUGCUCCUUGAUCACCCACUAGGGUGGCUCACAGAUGAUCUUUUUUUAUGCCAAAGCCACCCACAAGAUUAAAGCCAACAAGCAGCAGUUCAUGGUGGAAACUUCCUGUGGUUAUCCAGAAGAGGCUAGUUACUAAUGUGCCACUUCUAAACCACCUGACCUUUAAACAAGUUAGAUGUUUACUUACUGAACACCUUCCCUGGUUUGUCACCAGACUGGUGACCCUGACAUGAUGACCCAUAGUUGACUGUCAGGCUGUGAAGUCAGAGGACACGUUUCAAAUCUGGGUCCUGGCACUUAUGAUCAUGACUGUGGGCAAAGCACUUCAACUCUUUGAUCUUUGAUGUUUGUCUUUGCAAAAUAAAAAUGAAAACAUUCUAUACUGUACCUACCUCACAGGACUGUUGUGAAAAUCAAGUGAAAAUGUAUGUGAAAGCACUUUGUAAACUGUUAUUUUUUAAUCACCCCAUUUUCCAUGGGUUCUUUAUCCUCCCUACCAAAUACAAUACCUGGAAUCAUGAUUGGCCAGGAAGAUAUAUUCUUAGCCACCCCUCACUCUGGACUAGUGAAUGGUAGGAAGAAAACCAAGUUCAUGUCCUCAUAGAUAUCUGUUUUUAGUGUGGGAAUUCUGAUACCUCACAGAAUGGCAAAAAUAUAUUCCAGGCCCCACAGCUGGAGUCCACCUGCCAUUUAGACAUUCCACCAUGAACAUGCCACUAGACCCAACACCAGCUAGCUUUUGUGAUAGAUUGUCCCAGGGCCCUUUGUGGAGAACUCACUCUUGGCCUUAGAGAACUGAUCAGACUGUGGUGAUUCAAAGAAUCACCUGGGCUCCAGCUGCCAGAAGACACCAGCCUCUCCCCUUGAAUCUAUGCUCUUCAAAAACAGAGUGAGAAGCUUGUUUAAAGGAGACACGGACCCAAUAAAGAAAACUCUCCCUGACUCCCUGAACUAUUAUGGUUGGAUUAGCAAAGGAGCUUCCUAGACACUCGUUUAAAGCAAGGAUUUGGUGACACAUUUCUUCUUUUAGUAGUUUAUUCCUAAGACCAACUUGUUUCCUUGUGCUCUGAUUUUUAUUUGUUUAUUCCCUGUCUGUCCAACAGACCCACGACAAGAUAUGUUCCUGACUUACAAAUCUCAUAUAGUCCCCCUUACACAAA